UUUCCUCAAUUCAAGUACCUGCUGUUUUCCUUCUUCCAUCUUAUUUUCAAGUUCCAAAUUAACUCAAACUGCUGCACAAGCUGAGUGUGAUGGGGAGAGGAGUUGAAGAACACCCAAAUCUACAUGAACAACCCAAGGGUGAAAUUGAUGAAGAAAGUAGAGAAUCCUUGUUACCUCCAAGACCCAAAUCACCACCAAAUCAGAACAGCAGACCCAGCAGCAUGGUUGUUAAGAAAGCACAUACUGUGAUUCCAGCUCACUUGGUGGCAGAAGCCAUAUCCACACUCCAUGGGCUUGAUCUAAGAUGGUCUGGACCAAUCACACCAAGUGAGAUGCAGUAUGUACAGCAGUAUGUGUUUGCAAAGUACCCUGAAUAUUGCAAUGGCCUUGUAGAAGAUGGGGACAAGCUUGAUCUCUACACUCUCUGCAUAAACAAUGAUGAAUCUUUAGACAAGGGAAAAUCACCAAGAAGGGAGGCCUCUUCACCUUCUUUCACUCAUAACACUACUGCUUCAGAACUGGGAAGAAUCCAAUUGGAGCCUUCAAGAUUACUGGAUAUUCUCACCAAGAAAAAUUCAUUCCAAGGGAACUUCAUUUCAAUCCCAGAAAUCCAAGUUCGAAACCGGGCACUGCAGCACUGUGGGCUAAGUGAGGAUGAAUAUCUGGUGGUUUUCACACCUACAAUCAAAGAGGCCAUGAUGAUGAUAGGGGAAUCAUACCCUUUCUUCAGAGGGAACUAUUACCUUACAGUUCUUGGUGGGGAGGAGGAUUAUGACUGCAUUCGAGAAUUCGUCGUGUUUAAGGACUCAAAGGUGAUUGCAGCCCCGGAAACAUGGCUGGACUUGAGGAUCAAAGGCUCUCAGCUCAGUCAGUACUUCAGGAGGAAGUGUAAGCACAGCCCCAAGGGGCUGUUUGCAUACCCGGCUUAUGUGAACGAAACGCGAUACUCUAUGCAUUGGAUCUCAGAGGCUCAUAGGAAUUCUUGGCAUGUUCUGCUUGAUGCUUCUGAGUUGGAUGUUGGCAAGGACAGGCUGUUGACACUUGCAUUGCAUCGCCCCGAUUUCGUGUUGUGUACUGUUAAUAACACCCAUUCUCACCCCUCAAAAAUCACCUGCCUCUUAGUAAGGAAACAAUCCUUUGAUACUACUUCUUCAUCAUCACCUUCAGCUUAGACCACUACAAUUAUUCCUUAACCAUUGGUUUCUGUAUUUGUAAUAACUGUGCACUUUUUUUGAAAAAGAAAACAAAAGCAGGCCCUCUUCUUCGAUUGUAAAACUACACCCUCUCAUAUGCAGUACUAUUAUGAACACAAAUGCCCUCUGCUAGUCGUCUACUUUGGUUAAUUUCAAAUUAAAUGAAUGUAUUGUAUCUCUGUUAUA